AAUAAGCUCUCAUCAAUGGGGGAGGAAGAAAAGAAACCUGCAGAGGAGAAGAAAAUGGAGGAGAAAGAUGGUGAAAAGCCAGCAGAGGAAAAGAAAGGUGAAGAGUUGAAAGAAGAAACACCGCAAGAGAUUGUUUUGAAGGUUUACAUGCAUUGCGAAGGGUGUGCUCGGAAAGUUCGUCGGUGUCUCAAGGGCUUUCAAGGGGUUGAAGAUGUAACGACUGAUUGUAAGAGUAACAAAGUGGUGGUAAAAGGAGAGAAAGCUGAUCCUUUGAAAGUACUCGAGAGAGUUCAAAGUAAGAGUCACCGGAAAGUUGAGCUUCUUUCACCGGUUCCGAAACCACAGGCGCCGGAGGAGAAAAAAUCAGAGGAAAAAGAGAAACCUAAGCCUGAAGAGAAGAAAAAAGAGCCGGUGCCGAUCACGGUGGUUCUGAAAGUUAAUAUGCAUUGUGAAGCUUGUGCUCAGGAAAUCAAGAAACGCAUUCAAAAAAUGAAAGGCGUUGAAUCAGCUGAAGCAGAUCUAAAGAGUUUCGAGGUGACGGUGAAGGGAGUUUUCGAACCACCGGAACUGGUGGCGUACGUGUGUAAAAGAACCGGGAAGCAGGCGGCGAUAAUGAAGCAAGAUCCGCCGGAGGCGAGCAAGGACGACGGAGGAAAAGAAAAAGCCGAAGAUGGCAAGAAGGAAGAGAAAAAAGAUGGAGGAGGAGAGGAGAUCAAAGUUAAAAAGGACGGAGCCGAUCAAAGCACGGAGGCAAAAGCAGCAGCCGUCGAAGAAGCGCCGGUUGCGACGGAGGAGAACAAAGUGGCGGUGGAAGUGAAGAAGAAUGAAUAUAAUUACUACCCGCCAAGGCAUGCUACGGAGUUGUAUGGAUAUCCGCCUCAGAUGUUCAGUGAUGAGAACCCUAAUGCUUGCACUCUAAUGUAAAAAGAUGAAGGAUUCAAGGGCAUUGUGGGGAUAA